CAGUAUGGGACUGGGAUUCAAAUGGCAAGCACGACUUUAUAGGAGAAUUUCAAACCACCUUCAAGGAGAUGAAGGCGGCGAUGGAUGGGAAGCAGGCAUCAUCACAAGAGAAACUACAAACUGAUCUUGGCCAAAAGAUCCAGUGGGAGUGUAUUAAUCCUAAGUACCAGGUGAAGAAGAAGAAUUACAGAAAUUCUGGAAUGGUCAUUCUUACCAUGUGCAAGAUCAUAAAGAUGCACUCUUUCCUGGAUUACAUCAUGGGAGGAUGUCAGAUUCAGUUCACAGUGGCUAUUGAUUUCACUGCCUCAAAUGGUGACCCUCGAAACAGCUGCUCCCUCCACUACAUCCACCCUUACCAGCCCAAUGAGUACCUCAAAGCCCUGAUAGCGGUUGGGGAGAUCUGCCAGGACUAUGAUAGCGACAAAAUGUUUCCUGCUUUUGGCUUCGGAGCCCAAAUCCCACCAGACUUCAAAGUUUCUCAUGAUUUUGCUGUGAAUUUUGAUGAGGACAACCCAGAAUGUGCUGGUAUACAAGGUGUUGUUGAGGCUUAUCAGAACUGCCUCCCGAAAAUCCAGUUGUACGGUCCCACUAAUAUUGCUCCCAUCAUCCAGAAAGUUGCCAACUCUGCCUCUGAGGAGAUGCAUACCAAAGAGGCCAUGGAAUACUUUAUUCUGCUAAUCCUGACGGAUGGAGUGAUCACAGAUAUGGCGGACACACGAGAGGCCAUUGUUCACGCAUCCCACCUGCCCAUGUCCGUCAUCAUUGUGGGCAUAGGCAACGCAGAUUUCAGCGACAUGCAGAUGCUGGACGGGGAUGAUGGAAUCCUCCGCUCUCCUAAAGGAGAACCCGUCCUGAGGGACAUCGUGCAAUUUGUGCCCUUCCACCACUUCAAACAUGCCUCUCCUGCAGCGCUGGCUAAAAGUGUUCUGGCUGAGGUUCCCAAUCAAGUGGUGGAUUACUACAAUGGAAAAGGCAUCAAGCCCAAAUGCCUGUCGGACUUUGAGUCUUCCAGAGCGUUCAGUCCCUGAGCUACGCACAGCCAUAUUCGUCUCAACUUCAAGAUAUCUUCAUUGAUCAUUUCAGAGCUUGCUGCAUCAGAUUAAGAAUCGACAAGCAUCCUUGUUGUUGUUGUUUAGUUUUUUCCUCAUAGGUUUCCAAUAGCAUUGGGCAAAGAUGUCCUUAGCUGUCCAUAUUUUCUUUUAUGCAGUUGUUAGUUAUAUUAACGGUGCACUCAGUCAUUUUUUGUUUUGGUUUCCCCGGCUUAUAUUUCAGUUGUCUUGGAAGAGUUGUAUUCAGUCAUAUGAUCUCAACAUGGCCAACAUUUCGAAAAAGUAUUAUUAAUUAUGUAUAAAAGGAUUUAAUGUUGAUGAAAUCACCGAAUCUAACUUCUAACAUAACAAUGGGAAAGAUUAAUUUCAUUGCAAUCAAACCAAUCUGCCAGCACUUUUCAAUGAGCCGUCACCUACUCUGUGUAAUUAGAAGGAAAGCCGAAAGAAUGAAACAUUCUACCUGACUGUCUUCCUUUUUUUUGUUCAUUAGUGUUGGCAUUUGUUACCUUAUUACUGUUAUUUUUGGUGGACCUGCUAUACAAGGGCUAUAUAGUCCAAUAUAGCACAGUAUUCCGAUGCAUAAUAGUUUAGGAGGCAAGUGAUUAUUAGUUAUUGGCCAGUGCAUGACCAAUGCUCAGUUAGUAAACACUGUUAGUCCUUUAUAAUCCAAAAUGCAACAAUUGUAUUGCUUUAUUCAAUUUACCUGCAAAAAGUUUGUGGUCGGUAGGAUUUUAAUGUUUUUUUUUAUGCUCACAGAGGCUUGCUUGCUUACCCACCUCAAACUUUUAUACAGUAGUGUAUUUAUUUUAAAACUUAUUUUUAAUGUGAGGCCUUUAUGACUUAUAAUUGUUACAUACAAUUAAGUGUAUUGUAUAGCUCCAUAAACAAAUACACACAGUAUGUAUUUGAAAGCAUGUGGAAUGGAUACUUCCAGUAUUUAGGCAUUCAUUGUUUUUGUUCUUUUCUACAGGUUUCUUGACAUUUGUUUUGCAGAAUUUCUUUAUAUAAUCUAAUAUUAUAAAGUUAUUUCAGACGUUUGGAAAUAGUAAUUGCGUAUUUCUGGUGCUGUAUUUGACAGAUUUCUCUUUUCCUUUUAUGCAUUUCUUUCCUUCUUUCUUCUGUUUGGAGCGUGUGUGUAUGUAUGCUUGCUCACUACUGAAACCAGGACUGUAUUUUGCAUGUUGCCAAUAAUUAAAAAG